CCGGGGGUGGCCCGGCGCGUCCAGAUGCGGCGGCGGCGGCGCGGAGCUCGGGCGGGCGGCGGCGGCGGGAGGCGCCGGGAGACGCGCGGCAGGUGUCCCACCCCUCCCGGCGCCGGAGCGGGGACGCGGCGGCUCGCACGGCAACAUGAAGGACCGGCUGCCUGAGCUCCUGGAGCUGAGCCGCCACUAUGACCUGCAGUAUCCGGACGAGGACGAUGAUUUCGACGCGCCCCGCGAGGACAUCGUGUUCGAGACCGACCACCUCCUGGAGUCCCUGUACCGCGACAUCCAGGAGCUGCAGGUGGAAAACCAGCAGCUGCUGGCCGACGUGAAGCGCCUGGGCAAGCAGAACGUGCGCUUCCUCACGUCCAUGCGGCGCCUGAGCAGCAUCAAGCGGGACACCAACUCCAUCGCCAAGGACAUCAAGGCCCGCGGCGAGGGCAUCCACCGCAAGCUGCGGGCCAUGAAGGCGCUGAGCGAGGCGGCCGAGGCCCAGCACGGCGCGCACUCGGCGGUGGCGCGCAUCGCCCGCGCGCAGUACAGCGCGCUCACCCGCGCCUUCCAGCGCGCCAUGCACGAGUACAACCAGGCCGAGAUGAAGCAGCGCCACAACUGCAAGCUCCGCAUCCAGCGCCAGCUGGAGAUCAUGGGCCGGGACGUGUCCGGGGAGCAGAUCGAGGACAUGUUCGAGCAGGGCAAGUGGGACGUGUUCUCCGAGAACCUGCUGGCCGACGUCAAGGGCGCGCGCGCCGCGCUCAGCGAGCUCGAGAGCCGCCACCGGGAGCUCGUGCGGCUGGAGAGCCGCAUCCGCGACGUGCACGAGCUCUUCCUGCAGAUGGCCGUGCUCGUGGAGGAGCAGGCCGACACCCUCAACGUCAUCGAGCUCAACGUGGAGAAGACCCUGGACUACACGGGCCAGGCCAAGGCGCAGGUGCGCAAGGCCGUGCAGUACAAGAAGAAGAACCCCUGCCGGACCAUCUGCUGUUGCUGCUGCCCCUGCCUCAACUAGCUGGAGGCGUGGGGGGGGGGGUGUCCACCCGCGCAUCCCCCCGAAACGGGAAAGGGCUAGGGACAUGCUAGGAGAGAUGGGAGGUUGGGAUGGGGGUGUUUCUGUACUGGGCAACGAACGUGUCUUAGCCCCGACGGAACUCAGCCUCGAAGAAACGUGAUGGUCGAGAGUUAUUGCACCCCUCCUCGCUGUGGUCCAAGAAUCCCAGCCCUUCUUGUCCUAAAUGUUUCUUCGGACGCAGCCCCCAGUGAAGUUUUGGGGGAUUCUGGUGUGGCACGUGGCACACCGUUCCCUCUGCAGAAGCCAAAGAAAAUCGCGGCCG